GGGGAGGAGCUUGAGCGCUAGCCGUUGCCCCAGUUCUGCCGGCAAUCGUGUCCAGUCUCUGGUUAUUGUCGUACAGCCGUUGGUACGUCGCGCUAUUACGGAGACCAGACAUUCGCUUGCCGGGCAGGCGCAGCCGCCAGGAAGAGCGGCAGCGGGGAAUGGAAGCGGAGAACGCGGGCAGCUAUUCUCUUCAGCAAGCUCAAGCUUUUUAUACAUUCCCAUUUCAACAAAUGAUGGCUGAAGCUCCUGAUAGGGCAGUGGUGAGUGAACAGCAGAUGCCAGCAGAAGUUCCGGACCCAGAUCCUGCUCAGGAACCUGUACAAGAGACUCCAAAAGGAAGGAAAAGAAAACCCAGAGCAACAGAACCAAAAAAACCAGUAGAACCCAAAAAGCCUGUGGAGGCCAAAAAAUCUGGCAAGUCCACAAAAUCAAAAGAAAAGCAAGAAAAAAUUACAGACACAUUUAAAGUGAAAAGAAAGGUAGACCGUUUUAAUGGUGUUUCAGAAGCUGAACUUCUAACCAAGACCCUCCCGGACAUUUUGACCUUCAAUUUGGACAUUGUGAUUAUUGGCAUAAACCCAGGACUAAUGGCAGCUUACAAAGGGCAUCAUUACCCUGGACCUGGAAACCAUUUUUGGAAGUGUCUGUUUAUGUCAGGCCUGAGUGAGGUCCAGCUGAACCAUAUGGAUGAUCACACUUUACCAGGGAAGUAUGGUAUUGGAUUUACCAAUAUGGUGGAAAGGACAACACCAGGCAGCAAAGAUCUUUCCAGUAAAGAAUUUCGUGAAGGAGGACGUAUUCUAGUGCAGAAAUUACAGAAAUAUCAGCCACGAAUAGCAGUGUUUAAUGGAAAAUGUAUUUAUGAAAUUUUUAGUAAAGAAGUUUUUGGAAUUAAGGUUAAAAACUUAGAAUUUGGACUUCAACCCCAUAAGAUCCCAGACACAGAAACUCUCUGCUACGUUAUGCCAUCAUCCAGUGCAAGAUGUGCUCAGUUUCCUCGAGCCCAGGACAAAGUUCAUUACUACAUUAAGCUGAAAGACUUGAGAGAUCAGUUGAAAGGCAUUGAACGAAACACAGACGUUCAAGAGGUGCAAUAUACGUUUGAUCUACAAUUAGCCCAAGAGGAUGCAAAGAAGAUGGCUGUUAAGGAAGAAAAAUACGACCCAGGUUAUGAAGCAGCGUAUGGCGGCGCUUAUGCAGAAAAUCCGUGCAGUGGCGACCCUUGCAGCUUCUCUUCUAGGGGGCUAACUGACAGUGGAGAAUCAACUUUCGGUGACAUUCCAAAUGGGCAGUGGAUGACCGAGUCGUUUACAGACCAGAUUCCUUCCUUUCAAAAUCAUUGUGGGAUGCUGGAACAAGAAGAAGGAAACCACGCUUAAGAGUGGUGUUUCUCAGCUCUACCUAAAUGCUGCAGUUUUAAUGCAGUUGUCAAGAAGUGGCCCUCAGUUUGCUGAGGCAUUUUAUUAGUAUUUUACUCUUUGAUAUAAUGAUAGUACAGUUGUGUGGUAGAAUCAACUGUAUGAACCUAAGUAAGUUGGGAAAGAAAAAGUAGGGUUUUUGUGUAUGAGUUUUUGUAUUUGAAUUAACCAUCAUUCCAGCUUUUUAUAAACUAUACUUCAUUUAUGAAGAAAUUGAUUUUCUUUGGGGAGUCACUUUUAAUCUGUAAUUUUAAAAUGAAACAGACUGAAUAUUUAUACUUGAUUAUUAACUGUGCAUAAACCCAGAUAGACAUUAUUCCUUUUAUGCCUAAGAAGGGCAUGCUAAUAAUAAUUACCACUGAUAAAGAGGCAAAUGUGUUCGUUUUUGUACAUGAAGUUAACCCACAGUGGAGGCUCAUUUGGUAGUUUUUAGCGGUGUUUGAUGGGCUCCCUGAGUCAUAUUUACACUCACACCUCUUUGCCUCACUAAUGGGGAGUGUUUGUGAGAGAUGCCCAGCAGUAGAAAUGUAAAGUGUGGCCUUCCAGCAGCAAGGCUAGCCUGGCCUUCUCUGACGGGGCACCAAGGCCUGACUUUGACCUCCUCACCCCGGGUGUUAAUCCUCUAGGACAGGUAGAAACUGUUGUGCUGGGAUGGUAAGUUCCAGAGAAUGCAGUAGACCUUUUUUAAGUUUGUUACUUCUUCCUCUGUGUUUUACUUGAGAGACAUACAUUUGAUAGGGAAGGAACUGAAUUUUUUGUACAAUAUCUAUCACCAUUCUAAUUUUAUCCUCCUCGGCUUUAAGGGUAUAAUGUGGAAAGUGGUGAGAAAUGAACUCUUAGGUGGAGCAACAACAUGCUGGAGAUGUUUGAUAAUCUGAUUUAAAUUGGUGCUUUAUAUGUACAUGAGGUGUAUUAAAAUAACAGAAUUCUUCUUGCUAGGUAUAUCUAAUCAAUAAUUUAAAAAAUCUCUAUAUCAUUGUCUGUUACUGUGGACUAAGUGAGCCUCAUGGCGGGGUUAGUUUGAAGUAACGUACCUUUGUGAUUUUAUGCCUUUUCCAUGGUGCUACAGAGUCCAGACUACUAGGCCUGGUGCAUAGUAAAGCUGGGUAUUCAGAAAUGCCAUUUGCAAUUACUCCUGGUCACUUCUGAAUAUCCUGAUUUCAUACAUACCCAGGGAGCAUGCUGUUUUUCAAUAUGAAAAUAUUUAUGAGGUUUUUUUUUUCCUAAGAGAUUAUAUGGCCUGUUCUCUGUAUAAUAAGAGAAACAACGUCUUGUGAAUCUUAACAUGCUUUUUAGCUGUGGCUAUGAUGGAUUUUAUAUAUCCCUUAGUCUAGUUCAAGCUGUGUAAAAGUUAUUCAGCCCAUGUUAUUUAACUCAUGUACUGUACUGCUGUUUACACAGAUGUUUUAUGCGGGUGCUUGGAAGUGCCUUGCAUCAGGGAUUAGGAACAAUUGAAUUAUUUUUUCAUGGGACUGUGUAAAGCAUGUAAGUAGGAAUUGCUUUGGUAUAUAAUGAUUGUAGCCUUACAAUAGAUUUUUUUUUUUUUUGAGUGGAGAAAAUACCCUUUAAAUUAUGAUGGACACUCAUUAGAGAGGGGGUUUGAGGAGUUUCCAAGCAUACAAUAAUGGUGUUUUUCAUUACAUAUGAAAGAUGAGUAGUAAAUGUUGAUCUAUCCUAUACAUGACAAUAUGGGACUUUUUCAUUAAAUAAUAUUGAAAAAGUUUUUAAAUUCAUUUGAAAGUCUUGAUGGUUUUUACAAUAAAAAUAUUAAGAAUCAUUAUCCUAAGUUGCAAGUUUUUCUGCAGUAGGAGUGACUGGUAUU